AUGACGAUUGUCAAAGCUAUUCUCAGAAACUAUUGCGACAACUAUCUUUACGAGUACCUAAUACAGCGAAAGGAGCAAGCUUCUUUCACGAAAGAAAAUCAACUUGAACAUGAUGGCUACUUAGCUAAACUACAUAAACUUAAGAAUGACUGCUCGCUCGGAGACAAUGCAAAGAUCGCCUUGGAUGCGUUUGAGGUCAA